GAGCAGCCAGCAGGUUGUGUCAGAGUUUAUCCCACCACAGCCUACCUGUUGAAUAUUCACACCAUUUAAUUCGCAGGCAAGAGUCGAGCCUGCGUCGAAGAACAAAUCUAAGCUGUGGGACAGGUGAUGAAAAGGAAAAGUGUGUCGCGGAAGGAAGGAAGACGUUGAAGAAAGCUCGGACGAAAGAAGGAAGUAAAUAAGGACGACACGACCGUUGGGUUCGGAACUCAACAGGUUGGCUACUUCAAUGUUCUAACCGCGGCUCGGACUUUUCUACUUCCAACGAAACGUCGACAAACAAACGCAAUCACAACAAAAAUGCCGUUGGCACCAUGGAGGAAGAAAAACAAACCGACGAAGGAGCAUUUGGUGGAAAACGAGGAGGUCGGCGGCGGACAUGCAGGUGCUACCGGGAGCUUGGCUAAAUCCGCCGUGAACGGAGCAGGACUGCCGCCUCCACCUGCCAACCUGCGGCCCAAAUUGGUCUUCCACACGCAACUGGCGCACGGAAGCCCCACCGGCAGAAUCGAGGGAUUCUCCAACGUGAAGGAGUUGUAUUCGAAAAUAGCAGAAGCGUUUAAUAUAAGUCCACCCGAGAUCUUGUUCUGCACCCUCAACACCCACAAGAUCGACAUGGACAAGCUGCUGGGGGGCCAGAUCGGCCUCGAGGAUUUCAUCUUCGCCCACAUCAAAGGGAUCAAGAAGGAGGUGGAGGUUUAUAAAUCUGAAGAUGCCCUGGGCCUCACCAUCACCGACAACGGAGCCGGAUACGCGUUCAUUAAGCGUAUCAAAGAGGGCAGUAUCGUGGACGGGGUGAAGGUGAUCUCUGUGGGCGACCACAUAGAGUGCAUUAACGGACAUAACAUCGUGGGGACACGGCAUUAUGAGGUCGCCCGCAUGCUUAAAGAGCUGCCCAAAGACCAGACCUUCACCCUCAAACUGUCCGAGCCAAUGAAGGCUUUUGAAAUGCUUGAGCCCAGGUCAAAGGGCGCCAAACCCGCCAGUGAGAACAAGAUCGGUUCAGGGAAGGGGACUUUGAGACUUCGCUCCAAGGGCCCUGCGACUGUAGAGGAUGAGCCAACAGAAUUUGAGGAGAAGGCAGUGAAGAAAGUGGACGACCUCCUGGAGAGCUACAUGGGCAUCAGAGACACCGAACUCGCUGCCACGAUGGUCGAGGUCGGCCGUGACAAGAAGAACCCGGAUGAAUUCGCCAUGGCGCUAGACGAAACCCUCGGAGACUUCGCCUUUCCUGAUGAGUUUGUCUUUGACGUCUGGGGGGCCAUCGGAGACGCCAAGCAGGGAAGAUUUUAAGUUUGCUCCUGUCCCCAAACACACACACACACACACACCCUCAUUCCCCAACUCCCCUCUUAAUAUCCUCAGCAGCAAACUGGACACGCUUCAACCAGCACAAACGGGGUAGAUGAAGUGUUCUUAUCAGCACUUUAGUGGAGCAUUGCACUUAAAGCAACAACCUCAGUCAAUGCGUCAUGUGAAGAUAUCCAUGAAAUGCGAGUUCCCACACUGGACCUUUCUCUUCCAUGAUUUAGAGUGGGUGAUUAAUUCAUAGUCGACAGUGGUCUAUUACACUGGUUAUGAAGUGGUAUGUGCACACCUAAAAUUGUAAAAGCAAUCACUAAGUUGUAAUCACACUUCUAUAGCUGUGUCAUUUUGAAUAAACUGGUAUCGCUUAGCUUUUUAUAGACAUUUUUGUUUUUUACAUGUUAAAAUGUUGCAUAUUUUAUAGCAGCGGCAUUGCGUAAUUAGUGAUUGUUGUGAAUGUAGCAACUUUAUUCUUCCUCAAACUGUUAAAAAAAAAAAAAAUCCCUCCCAUAUUUUUAAUGACCAGUGAAGAAAUGUUCACAUUUACUUUGUGAUUUUCUUCCAACUCUUCUGUGCCCCAUCACAUCUCUCUUCUUUAAAUGCCUUUUACUUUGACCACACAACAUUCCUCAUGUUUCUCACGUCUGUCUGUCUGCAGUUAUGUCAUCAAACGAGGCAUAUUUAGAGGUACAUGCUUUUUUUCCCCUGUAAUUUAUUUUAUCAUGAAAAAUCAUAUGCUGCAAGAUAUUUUUACACCAAGACAUGGCUCUGUAUGAAAGAUUGUUGUUUCCUAUAGAAGCCAUUUUGAAGGCUGUGUCUGGAAUGGGAUUAAUUGCAAUCCAAUGUCUGAAAGAAAUGCACUACUUAAAUCACUGUCAAACUGAAUUUAAAUAGUGAAUUGAUUAGUGUCAUCUACUGGUGUUAACUGUUCGUAGCAGUUGCAUAUUGUUUGACAAACCUUCACUAUUGUUGGAUAGACAAUAAAAUUUGAUACACUGUUA